AGAGUCUCAGUUGGCAUUCUCCCACCCGGCUGGGAAGGCAUACGUUGAAGGCCCAUCGCCCCUGAAACGUGGUGGAUGUUGAUGUGUUUGUGAUUGAAGGUGGCGUGAGGUAUAGUGUGAGAUAUACCCAUACUGGUCUACAAUGCCAGCCAGUAGUUUGUUUGCAGAAAUGGAGCGGCCGACUCCGACUCCCAGCUCCACCUCCGCAAUGGACGAACAAAGGGCACUGCAGUUAGCCCUUGAACUGUCGCUAAUUGGAUUAAACAACGAAUCCUCGGUGCCCACAAGUGAACCUGAGCACUACGUAGUCCAAGGCCUGGAUGCUGAGCGGGCUUCCACCAAAAGGUCCCAAAAUAUGACGGAGUGUGUGGCGGUGCCAUCGUCGGAACACGUGGCCGAGAUCGUGGGCAGACAAGGCUGUAAGAUCAAGGCUCUGCGGGCCAAGACCAACACGUACAUCAAGACGCCCGUCAGAGGAGAGGAGCCAGUGUUUGUAGUCACUGGGCGGAAGGAGGACGUGGGCAUGGCUAAGCGGGAGAUCCUCUCGGCGGCAGAACACUUCAGCCAGAUCCGUGCCUGCCGCAAGAAUAACCUCAAUGGCUCCAUGGCUCCAGGCCCCCCCACCAACGUUCCCGGCCAGGUGACCAUCCAGGUGCGGGUGCCGUACCGCGUGGUGGGCCUGGUGGUGGGGCCCAAGGGUGCCACCAUCAAGCGCAUCCAGCAGCAGACCCACACCUACAUCGUCACCCCAUCACGGGACAAGGAGCCAGUCUUUGAGGUGACCGGGCUGCCAGAGUCUGUGGAGCAGGCCCGGAAGGAGAUAGAGGCACACAUCGCCAUGCGCACGGGCGGCCUGCUGGACCAGGAUGAGCCCAACGCUGCGGCUGCUGCCGCCGCAGCCGCUGCUGCUGCAGCAGCUGCGGCUGCCCGACACCACCCAGACUAUCCUGCUCCAUCCCAUGGCUUAGAUAAUUUAUUUAGCCCGUCAUCUUCGGAGCUGGUGUCGUCACUGUACAAGCUCAACAAUUCCUCGCUCAACGGUCUGGCCUCCAUCAAUGGCCUCACUAAUGGGACCGGCCUCAAUGGGCUCACCAAUGGUCUUUCCAACGGUUCCACAAUCAACAGUAUCAAUGGACUGAGCGGGCUGAGCGGCAGUGGACUGGGCGGCAUGACAAGCCUCAACAACACCCUCAACAGCCUCAACACUUUAAACCAGCUCAAUGACCUCAACUCCGCCUUCACACUGCUAGGGGACACUGGCUCCUCACUACUUGGCUCCUCAGGCAAAGGCAGUGGGAGCGGCGGCAGCACUGGCGGCGGAGGAGGUGCCCUGGAGUCAUCUCUCUUCUCAUCGUUCAGUGGCGGCAGUGUGGGUGGCACGAAGCUUGGCAGUGAGGUGACCAAUGGUGGUGGCAGUGGCGGGGGCAGUGGACUGGGGCUGUAUGGGGUGGAUGAGGGCCUGGGAUCUCUGGGCUCAUCCAUGGGAUCCUCCCCCUCCUUUGAUCCUGCGCCCUCCAGCAUCUGGGGUGAGCUGGGGAGGUCCAUGAACUCCACUGUCAGCUCCAGCUCAUCCCUCAGUUCCACAUUCUCGUCUCUCUCCUCCACUCUGUCAUCCUCACUGACGCGCCGGUCGUCGUCAGUGUCUGGGUCGUCACCACCCUCCUCCCGGCUCUCCCCAUCAUUAGAGGCCCACCCCCCAGCCCGCCGAACAAGCUCAGACUCUGCCCCGGGUUUAGCCUCCGCUCCCUCUCUGGCAUCGCUCAAUUCUGCACUGACGGGGGGCCUUGGAGGCUUAGGUGGGCUGCCCACCUCAUCCCCCUCCUCUUCCUCCCCAGCCUCCACCCCAGAUCUCACUCAGCAGCUGAACGCCUUCCAGGCCGCCCCAGGGCUGCCCCCGUCACCUGCUACCUCCACAGGCGCAGCCAUGACUCAUCUGGUGAAUGGGCUGGAGGAGAAGAAGCGCUGUGUUACUUGCUGCGAGUCAGAAGUGGUGGCUGCUCUUGUACCCUGCGGCCACAACCUCUUCUGCCUGGACUGCGCCAACAAGCUGGUGUCAGAGGCAGCUGAGUGCCCCAUUUGCCGCAUGAAGGUGACGCAGGCCAUCCGCAUCUUUUCCUAACGCGGCACUCAGCCUCACCACACGCCGCCAAGCUCGACCCACCAGCUUAUAGAUUAUAUUAGUCUGUAUAGCAUAUAUUUGCAGAUUGAAGAGUAUUAUCUUUAAAAAUUAAUAAUGAUUUUUUAUUAAAAUAUUGUGAAGAUAUUUUUAUUUCAUUUUUUCUUACAAAAUGUAAAGCAUUUUUAAUGUAUGACUCAUGUGAGUGCCGGGCCGGGCCAGGCGGCCGAGCGUCGGUGCUGGACGCGGGUCCUUCAAGUCAGAGCGGAGAACAGCUGUUGUCAGGCUGUGAUAGGCGGGCCGCGCCCCGCCAACAACUGCCAAGGGGUUAUGCCCCUCCGUCGAUCUCCCACUGUUUCCUGGGUACUCCGGACGGCUCGGGGCGGGGCGGGGCAAGGCGGGCGGCCAGGAGGGCAGGCAGGCAGGUGAGCAGGGAGGCAAGCACGCAGGCAGGCAGGCAGGUGGGCAGACCAGCAAGGCCAGCCAGCCUGGCCCAAAGGGUGAAGUCAGUACCUAUCCGCUCCCAGAUCUGAACCGUUGGCAUCCACCACUCUUCUGUUCACCCAUCAGCCCCCUACUCCCCACUACUCACCCCGCCUGUCCGCCCGACCGCCCGCCCAGCCUCCAAGCUGCCACACAACGAAUGCAACAUAUCCUCAUCAGCUCCAUGUGAGCUUGUCAGCCGCCCACCAUCCAGCCAGCCGCCCGCCUGCCUGCGGGUGGCCAGGUGGCCAGUGGGUAGUGUGGGAGGGCUCCAGGAUCAGCGGGGCCGCCCCAGGCCGGCUCCGUGACCCACCCACCUGAACGAUCGCCUCGUGCCUUCACCCCACACGCCCGGCACCACCUCUACCCCAUCACCACCACCUCCACCACCACCUCUUUCCCUACCUACCAUGCCAGUCCCCCAUCCCUCCACCACCACCACAACCACCACCACCACCACCACCACCACCACCACCACCGCCCAGGAGCCACCCACCAGAGUUGACCCAGUUUGUGCAUUCAUGUAAUGGAAGCAAUACAGUGAUAUUAUCUUAGUCAUAGUGCUUUAUCUAAGUUCUUGCUCAUUAUUGAUAUAAAGAAAAAACUAUGAAAUGUGAAAACUUUAUUUUGUAUAGAGAUGGAAAAAUCAGUAUUCUAGACCAAUUUUUAAUUUCCAAUAUAUUUAAUUAUCAAUACAUUUUUGUGAUAAUGUUUGUUUGAGUCUGACUUGAAGGACUAAGCGUCGUGCACGUGUUACACAUGAUCCCAGUGUGGGCGGGGCCCAGGGAAGGGCCCGGGAAGAGCUGUGGGGAACAUCAGGGUGCCCACCCUACUUCCCCUCGGUCCCUUGUGGGGCCUUCCGACCCCUUCCAGGCCUGGCGAUGAGUAGUUUGCCAAGUUGUGUCCCUCCCCUUGACAACGCACGAGGCCGGGCAGGUGUCGCGGGCCCUGGGACGCGGUGGGGCCCUGCACCACCACGGGACAGUUCAGAGUUCUCUUGGCUGAAUCAAGGCAAGAUUAUUUAGUUUUAAGGUAAUACAUAUAUUUUUGUCCUAAGAUUUAUAUUUUUCUUUUUCUUUUAAUGGAAGUUUACAGUUGAGUGUUUUUAGUUCCUUUAUGAUAUAUUUUUUCUACCUGUCAUUAAUAGCGAGUGUCUAUGUAACUUUGUUUACCUACCCCGUGUGAGGGUAAGUGAGUCCCGGGCCCCGCGCCCCUCACCCCGCAUGCACGCCCUCCCCGCCGCCCACCUGGCAGGGUGCGGGCAUAAUGGUCAAGGUAUUUAGGUGCAAAGUUUGUCUAAAGGUAUUUUUUUGUAAUUAGGGAGAGAAUUGAUUUAGUUUGAAGCCCUGUAGUUCUUAACAGAUAAUCAGCGACAGACAUGAAGCUCUGAGCGUGAGUAAUAUUACUGAUAGUUUAAAAGUGUUAUUAUACCCUUUCGAUUCUCACCCAAACUGUUUGAUAUUCAUUUUGUAUCAGUGUUUCCUGGGGUGACUCCCACUGACGAGUCUGUAUGUCUCGGGGACGGAGCGGGGUGGGCGUGGCAUACCCGCUUCCCGCCCACACCUCCAUCCCCAGUGUAGCUGGGAAUCGAGAAGAGGGUGCUUUCCCGCCGCCCCCCCGGCCCACCAGUGGGGCGGGACGCGGGCGGCCGCCACCUCGCCGCCUCCCCAGUAUAAACUCUAGUAACUAAUAUACCCAACCCCAUUGUAUCUUACCAUAGAGCACAACUUAAUCGCUAUUUACAAAGAUGAAAGUUUACGUAGUUUUCAUAUAUCUAUUUUAAUAUAUAUGAUUUAUUAGAGGAAAAUUUAUGGUGUAAUUUGUUUGUGUAGCCUAGUUGAGUGAUCUAAGAAAUUAUUUUUAUUACCUUAUUUCUAUACUGUUUCUGAGGACAUCAGAAUGCUGUAGUGUUGUAGGUGUCCUGUUGUGGUGUAGUCUAUAUCAAGUGAGAAGACGUUAUUUUUCAUUCGUUUUUUUACAAAAGAGCUGAACAACCACAUCGCCUUUGUGUUUGCUGUUGUGUGUGACGUGUUGGCCCGCGCCGCCGCCCGGGACACCGUUUACGCGGCCAAGAGUCGAGGUGCAGCGCCGGAUCACCACCUUCCUCUCCAGCUCGAGGCGCUAAACGAGGCUGAGCCAUAAGUUGCGGCCGCACCUGGAGGUCACCCCUCGCUGGGCAGAGGCACCAUGGACCCUGAUCAGAGCCAAGUCUUAAAGUACUGAUGCAUUGCCUUGUGGCUUAGCACCUUUUUCGCCCCGACCUGCAUGCUUGCCGCUAGCGUGGCAAGCAGUCCGGGUCUCGCACUGUGGCAGAGGGCGGGAGACGGACAACAUCCCGUCCCGCCGACCACCCGCUGCCCACUCCAGGACCACUCCAUACCCUCUCCUCUGCGUCGCCCGUCCUGCCUUACCCUCCUCCCGCGGUCAUUCAACGCUAGCCAAUCAAAGCUCAGCAUGACGGGUGGAGGCGGAGGGGCGAGGGCUGGUGGAGGGCCCGGAAGCGGCGGCGGGUUUCCUUGGUUCAGAAAAAUAAAAAAAAUAAUAAUAAAUCGGUGGAAACGUUUGGUCAGCAGCUGCUUCGUUCCAUGGGUCUUCCAGUACAGCGUUGAACAACUGUCGUCAGUGUCAUAAGUUAGUUCACAAUACCUAUGCACUCUAAUCCGUAAUGAGUUUAUUUUUUGUACUUUUCUACAGCGCCGUAUAUAUAUUGUAUGGUAAUUUUUCAUAAAAUCGUAGUGUAUACUUAGGAUGAUAAACAAAAUGAUAAAAAUACCAAAAAAUAUUCUAUGCUUCUUGAUGAAGGCUUCCCGCGUUAAUCGGUGUGUACAGGGAAGCUGGGGCGGGGCCCGGUGGCCGCUCCCCCCCCAAGGCGGCGCCGCGCCCCACCCCAGGCACAACCUAUUGCAAUAAUUCAUCAAUGAUUGCUACACUAUUUUCAAGAGAUUUUUUGUCACUUAUGCAAAAAGAGAAAUAUUUAAAACCCCUUCAAGUCAGUUUGUGGCAGCCAGCCCGCCCCGACAGUGGGCCGGGCUGCUGGGGGCCUGACGCAGCCCUCGGGCUCGGGCGGGCGGCUGCCUGGCUUGCUCCUGCUCAGUAUUUUGUAACGUAACAGAUUUCUCAAUAAUAAUAAUAAUGAUAAUAAUAAUAAUAAUAAAUAAUAAUAAUAAUAUUAACCAUUGCAGGGACACUCAUCGUCUCCAAUUGUUUUUAUCCAAAUGUGAUUUUUUUCUUUCUUUCGUUUUAAGUGGUUAAGCGCAGUGUCGGUGCGCGUGCCGGGGCAGGCGGGGCCGCUGGGGGCGGGACCCGGGCGUGGGGCCCACCGCCGCCCCGCCCACCUGUUCCCCGUCAUAUCCCACCCAAGUUCCACUCACAAUAUAGUCUAUAUACUUAUAAUAAUGAUAUAUAUUUGAGUAUCAAGUAUAUUCUCGUAGACAUGAGCGUUCGUAACGAUGUUCUGAGGUAACUAGCGAGGAGAGCCGCCGCGCCGCGCGUCCCCGACCACUUCGGGUCCGGCGUUGCUGGACACUCUCCCGCAGCCGAGACUCGCUUCAAAAUUGGGAUUGUUUAGCGUCACUGAGGGGACACGUCAGGUCACUUGAGUGAACAGAGAUCGGAGCUUGUAGCGAGGACCAGCGUGUUGCAGCAGGGAGGCUCGCGAGGCCAAAAGCAUAUGCUCAUUACCUGUGUCCGCGCCAGCCAGCGCCCAGGUUGGUGAUGGCUGGUGCGGCCGCGCUAUUUUUCCCAGUAUUCAGAUGUAAGGGGAAGUGUAGCCAGUGGUGGACGCUCCUACAACCAGACGCUGCCCGCCAUUUUCAUUUCUUGUCUGGCCAAGUACGUAGCGGCCAUCGUCACUCGCUGUAGAGGGCACAGAAAGGUUGUUUCACCUGCCCUGGUGGCGUCUGGGUAUGAGUCGCGGCCACUCUGGCCCACACUCCGCCCUCCACCUCUCUUCUCGUGCUCUUUGGUAUUGUUGCCUUAUAUCUGGAGAGCGAGGGAGCCGCGCCGCCACGUCCCGCUAGGCCGCACAGGGGUCGCCCUCACGCCGCCCGCCCCUCGCUUGGAGGCUGCUCAUAAAGAAGGAUCCGGCGGGUCGCUGGGCGCCCUCCCUCACCCUCUUUCUGGCCAUCAAUAGUUAAUAAAUAUUUAUAGUUAUAAUGGUAAUAUAUUCUUUAUAAUGCUGAUAUAAAAAAAAAAUUAAAAAACCGAGCAUAAAGAGUAGCCCCCGGAAUAUAUCUCUGCUGACGUGUCUUGGGGCGGGGCGGAGGUCGUGGCCGCUUGUCCCGCCCCGGGAAACUCGGCGCCAGCGAUAGCUUCGUUCUGCAUGUUUCGUACAAUAUUCACUAGAGGGAGAGAGACAAAAGGUGUGUGUGUGAGUGAGUGAGUGAGUGAGUGAAUGAAUGAAUUUGAGUGUGCGUGGACGCGCACGGGUUUGGAUGUGACAGAAUUCGUGAGUGAAACUUGAGAGUCAGUAAGUCGGAGUGAAAGAGGACAGAUCUCACAUGCCAGGAGCCGCUGUUCACCGCGUCUUGGAGGAGGCGGAGGGAGGGAGAGAGGAGGAGGAGGAGGAGGCAGGGCAUAGGUGAGGCUGGUCUGGGUGAGCGCGGCGCGUCCCUCAGCAUUACCUACAGUGCUUUGCUUUCCGACCCGCCGCCGGGCAUCCAUUUUUUUUCCUAUUUCACCAGAAAGUGUAUAUGUUUAGUUUAUUUUUAUAUUAGAAAUAGUUAUAAUGUUCCUAAGUGAGCUAGUACUAGAAUUACUUCCUUUUUAUUUAUUUAUUUACUUAUUUAUUAUUAUUAUUAUUAUUAUUAUUAUUAUUAUUAUUAUUAUUAUUAUUUUAUUGUAUUUUAUUUAUUUAUUUUUUAUCUUUCUUUUAUUAUCUGUAAGAAUGAAUGUUUGUGUGACAAAGGAGUGUCGCGCCUCCCAGCCAGCUGCCCAGGCCCAUCUGCCCUUACUUCAGCUCGUGCUUUAAAAUUAUCAUACAAACUUUCCCCGAUAAUGAUUGAGAUUUGGAAGCGAAUCAGAGUGUUGCAUCCAGCACAAGUGGCUGACGGGCGUGUGCCGCCAGGUUGCCGCCACAUCGCCGUAGCCCCGAGCCUCCUGACAUGUCUUUUCUUCAUCUGUAACCAGAAGCAAUAACGUGUACUCGGUAGUGUGUUCUCGUGUCAACUUGAUAUUGUGACCAGUGUAAAAACUUAACAAAAAUAAAAAAAAUCUGAUGGCCACGACGGUGCUGGAUGUAAGGCGGACAGAGGCAGGCCAGGACCCGCCAGUUUUUGUCAUUUAUCAAGUAUGUAGUGAGUAUUUUUUCACGAUCUUGACAGUGGUGUCGCCGUAUUGUAGCAGAGUAGCAGUCCAGUCUCGGUUGUGUAGCGGCGUCCCGGUGCCGGAGGGCCGCCCCGUCACCCCCACUCAUUGUCCCGCCCGGCCCAUCAACCUCAUGAAAAUUCUAGUUGUGUGAAGUGCUUGAUGUUGUGGUGACGGCCGCCCCCCCGCACCGCGACCCACCCUCGUGUGUAAGGCCCCUCCCCACACCCGGACCCGGGGCGGACUCCCACCAUACCUCACCACACUCUGUUGUCCAUCCCAUAGCCUCAUAGCUAAAUAUAUCUGUAUAUAAUUAUAUAUAGAGAGAAACAAAUAUAUACACUUUAUAAUUUUCUCAAGAUAUUUUCUACCAUAAUUUCAGAAGCGUUAUGUAACACUGGCUCAGUUGAGUGUUUCUGAAGACCUGAUGCUGCCCAUCCCCCGCCCUUCCCUUCCAGUUGCCCUCCGGCACAGAGUCCGCCCCUCGCCCCCUCCAUCCCCUUCGUCUUCUUCCUCAUCCUCUUCCUCUUCCUCCUGGUAGAAAUAUAUUUUGCUACCCAUCUAUACUGUUAUUAUCAAUAUGUAAUUUUAUUACGUAGGUUAAUUUGUUAAUGAUAAUAAUUAUACUUUUUUAUUGGUAUCAGUGAAGCCAGAGUACUUCUUACACGGGCAUCUUAAAUACUAUUAUAAUUAGGUCUCACGAGGUCAAUGGAAGCCGGGUUGUCCAGGGCUCUCUACUUUGACUUGACAAAGAAAACGUGAACUAGUCAAGCGUUUGGUUACUUUUAUCUUCGAUCCUCGGCCACUAGCCCAUUAUUAUUAUUAUUAUUAUUAUUAUUAUUAUUAUUAUUAUUAUUAUUAUUAUUAUUAUUAUUAUUAUUGCUGUGUUGUUGAACUCAAAACUAAUUAUUGUUUUUACAAGUUUGUCUAGUUGAAGCUUGUGGAGAUCUUUUAUGACAAGGUGUUUGGAGGCUGAGGCGAGGUGGUUGUUCCGGGGGGGGGGCGGUUAGGGGGCGGGGGUCUGGCUCACCGCCCCUACCGCCCCGCCCCGGAGACGGCAUCAGCCUUGCCUCAGCACACACACGGAUUUUUUUUUUUUUUUUUUUUUUUUUUUUAAUGGAUUACUAUAUAUUAUUUUCCUACCAUAUGUGUUUAUUUUGGAUAGCAAUAUGGCCUCAGUGUACCUUUAUUUGCUUGAGCCUGUUUGUUUGUUUGUUUGUUUGUCACUAGGAGGCGGGUGGGCCGACCCCCCACCCCCUCCAGCGCCAGGAGCUCGCAGACCGCACCAUCUCCCUCAGCCUGUACACCCUAGUUCCAUAUUAAGAUAAUGUAUUCCCAUAUAUUUUUAUUAUUGAUGUUUCCAUAUGCAUAUUAUUAAAAAUAAAUGACAAAAAGAAAUAUGAACAAAACAUAUUUUGGAGUUAAUACCUCUGUGGCUGCUGAUCCACUGUGGUACUUAAAAUAUAUGUAUGGUUAAUUUUUCAUGUUUGCUAAUAAUUUUAUUUUCUGAUUUUUGUGAGAGUGAUUCAAUAGAUAAAAUAAUAAAGUUACAUGUAUUAAA